GGCGCUAAAGCUGCACAAAAGCGUGAACGCAAUGCUGGAAAAAAUGCAGACAAAGGGCCUACAAGUAAGACCAAGGUUAAUGAAGCGGCGAAGAACAUUGUUUGCCAGACUUGCAGACAGACCUUCCUGCUUACCACCCGUGCACCAGCACUAGAGGAGCACGCCCAGAACAAGCACUCAAAAACACUGGCAGACUGUUUCCCGAACUUUACCAAGUAG